AUGAUCAACUCACCCAAUACUUUCCCUUUCUCCAGCCCAGCUCUCGAGUCUGAGUGUGGUAGUCCUCAAUUCAAAGCAACUUCGCCUUUUUCUUCCUCGUCGUCUUCCUCCUCCUUCUCCGCCUCACCUUUGUCUGAAUCAAUCACUAGAGCUCCAGCACAAGUAGAAAAGAUUCCUCGUCCACUGAACAGCUUCAUGAUAUUCCGCCUGGAGAAGCAAAAAGACAUUGUCGAAAAAUGUCCUGGCGCUAAUCACAGAGACAUUUCCAAAAUCAUAUCCAAAUGGUGGAAGGAAUUAAGCAAAACUGAGAAACAAUGGUACAUUGCCGAAGCCGAAAAGCGUAAAAUAGAGCACAAAGCAAUGUAUCCCGAUUACAAAUUCUGUCCACAAAAGAGAAUUGGAAAGCCCAGAGCCUAUAGAAAGCGUGCCAAAAACGAAUUUGUUGCAAGAGUGUUUGAGAACAAGCAAAGUUUAUCUGCCCUGUUCAAAGGUGAGAUGAUGGCUUCAGGCCACUCUUUUACCUCUUCGGAUGAUGAAGACAGCAGCAGCAGCAGCAGCAGCAGCAGCAGUAUUCCAUGUGAUCCAAAGCAAGCUAAAGAAUGUUCAGUUUACAACAAAGGAUUUCAGUUUAUUAAAGUGGAGCCAACACCGUCUGUAAGCACGAGCAGUGAAAGCAGCAUUGAUAGCAACACCAAAGAGCUCAAUACGUAUCCACUUGCUCUUCCUCAAGUCAAGGCCCCUGAAUUUUUUAGCUCUGCGCUUUAUUAUCCUACCACCACAUCUUACUACACCGUGCCACCUGGAGCCUAUUCGGUGCCAUCUCAAUCAACAGCCUAUUUUCAUUCAUCUGCUGUUGCUGCUGCAGGUACCAACCGAACCGAACCAUUGAUCAAUUACAACAUUUACGCCAACUAUUACGGUGCUUCCAAUGAUGCUUUUGCACAUAACCCAUAUACGAUGAGUGGUGGAAAUCCUGCCAAUGUAGCUGCUGCACCAAAUACGUUACACUACAUUGCACCCAGCCAUUAUUUCCUCCCUUCACUCUCUCCAUUAACAUCAUUCAACACAUCUUGCCUUUAUCCUUACGAUAGUCCUAAUAGUAAUGCGGAAACUACCAGCAUCAAUAGUAGCAAUAGUAGCACUGCCAGUAGUGACAUUGCCAGUAUCACACCACGUCUUUUGACCCAAAGCUUCGCAUACCCUUCUUAG